AUGUGCUAUAUUAACGAAUGGCCAAAAAGGUUUCUGAAAACAUUUAUUCAACAGUACAGUGAUUAUCAGGUUAAUCUACUAAUUGACAAUGAGGCGGAGAAGGAUUACCUUUAUGAUGUGCUGCGGAUGUACCACCAAUCUAUGAAUCUCCCAGUGCUUGUGGGGGACCUAAAACUUGUGAUUAAUGAACCAAGCAGAUUGCCUCUAUUUGAUGCUAUCCGCCCACUUAUCCCAUUAAAACACCAGGUGGAAUAUGAUCAGCUUACACCCAAAAGAUCACGAAAGCUGAAAGAGGUGAGACUGGAUCGUUUGCAUCCUGAAGGACUUGGAAUAAGUGUGAGAGGUGGAGUGGAAUUUAACUGUGGCCUGUUCAUCUCCCAGUUAGUUAAAGGAGGACAGGCAGACAAUGUUGGACUUCAGGUUGGAGAUGAGAUAGUUCGUAUAAAUGGAUAUUCCAUUGCGUCAUGCACACAUGAAGAAGUCAUAAACCUCAUUCGUACAAAGAAAAUAGUGUCCCUAAAAGUAAGAUAUAUUGGCAUGAUACCUGUCAAAAGUUCAGCAGAUGAACCCCUUAAAUGGCAAUAUGUGGACCAGUUUGUGUCAGACUCUGGGGGCAGUGUUGCUGGUCUUGCUUCUUCUGGAGGGAGAGAGAAUAAAGAGAAGAAAGUCUUCAUUAGCUUGAUUGGUACAAAAGGCAUGGGAUGCAGUAUUUCCAGUGGUCCAACACAAAAACCAGGCAUUUUUAUCAGCAAUGUUAAGCCGGGUUCUCUUUCAGCAGAAGUGGGCUUAGAGGUUGGUGAUCAGAUUGUUGAGGUAAAUGGAGUGGACUUUUCUAAUGUGGAUCAUAAAGAGGCUGUCAGAGUGCUCAAAAGUAGUCGUACUUUGACUAUCUCCGUGGUAGCAGGCGCUGGAAAGGAGCUGUUCAUGACUGAAGAAGAAAGGCAGAGAGAAGCACGUCUCCGUGAGCAAGAACGCCAGGAGUUAAUGCAUCAGAAGCGGCUUGCGUUGGAGACUAACAAAAUCAUCAAAGAGCAGCAAGAAAAAGAGAGAUUAAGAAAACUGGAGAUUUCCCAGAAGGCUGCAGAGGAAGAAGAGAGAUAUCGCAGAGAAAUAGAGCAGAUAACGGCAGAGGAAGAGAAAUUUAAAAAGGAGUGGGAAGAAGACUGGGGUCCCAAAGAACCUCCCAAAUCUCUAAAAACUGUAACUGCAGAAGUGCACUCUGCCCCUCGUUCCAAACACAAAACUUUUGGAUGGUUUUAUCGGUAUGAAGGAAAAUUUCCCACAAUCCGCAAGAUGCGUUUGGGAUGCAUCUGCCUAGGAGUUUGUCCUUUUGAAUACUUUGGACUUUUCAAGUCCUGCCAGCUGCAGUGGGAAGUGUAUGUCAAUACUUUGCAGAAGGUGUUCAGUACAGGGAAAAGACAAAAAAAGGAGUCAAAAAGUGACAGUCUGUGUGAACAGAAGAAGAAUAAAAAGGAAAUGGAGUUUGAGCAAAAACUUGCCAAAGAGAAAGAAGGAAUGUUGGAGAAAGAAAAACAACUGAAAAUAAAUCGUCUCGUGCAAGAGGUAUCUGAGACAGAACGAGAAGACCUGGAAGAAUCAGAAAAGGUGCAGCACUGGGUGGAAAGACUUUGUCAAACACGGUUAGAACAGAUUUCCUCUGUGGAGAAUGAGUCUCCUGAGUUGGCAAGUGGACGACCUUCUGCUUCUCCUUCUGCCACAUCAAUGCGGUGCUUUGCCGGUGGCUUGCAGCUUCAUACCACAGAUCUUGAUGAUAUAAACUUAGAUGAAGUUGACAAGCCUAAACAACGUGUGACGCCACCUCUGCCACCACGAGCCACUGUUACUCCAGCAGCAUCAGCUCAUCCAUUUCCUACAUCAAACGUUCCACUUUCAAGAGGUCCAGCCCUGGCAGUAACGCCAGCUUCCCAGCAGCUUGCUCCAAGUCCACCUACCCAACGACAUCCAGGGGUACCAAUAGUCUCUAAACCAAUCAUGCUGCAUCCUGACCCAAACUUUAUGGUCAGGCCAACAAUCAAAUCAGAGGCCCUGCCACAAGAGAUGUUUAAAAGGAUGGUGGUUUACAAUUCAUCAUUUAGAUCUAACAAAAACCAAGGCUUCCAGAAAUAUUUGGAAGAUUUUGAUCCAUAUUCAAUGUUUACUCCAGAGCAGAUUAUGGGAAAAGAUGUACGGCUAUUACGAAUUAAAAAGGAAGGAUCAUUAGACCUUGCAGUUGAGGGAGGAAUUGAUUCUCCAAUUGGGAAGAUAGUUGUGUCUGCCAUCUAUGAGGGUGGUGCUGCAGACAAACAUGGAGGCAUAGUGAAAGGGGAUGAAAUACUAGCUGUAAAUGGCAAGAUAUUAAUUGACAGCAGGCUGGCAGAAGCACAGGCAACUCUAGCAAAAGCUUGGAACAUGGGUGGGGAUUGGAUUGACUUAGUCAUUGCGGCAUCACCUCCAAAGGAAUACGAUGAUGAAAUCCCUACUAUUCCCUCAUCAACAGUCAGUCCCAACACACAGAGAAAGGUUUUUGAAGGCAGUGCACCCGUGUACAGACAAGGGUAUCUCCUGCAGCUGUAG